GUUCCAAUUUCGCCUCUGUCGCAGUACCUGUGUGCGCGUAAUUUUACGAUUUUGUUUUGUUAAAAUCGCGAUACGUAAACAUUAGUUUACUGUUUAGCGUCCUAAGUGCGUGUUGGUGCUGUGCUGGUGCUAGUUUAGUGCGGCUGUGCAGUUCCUCAGCCGGAGACGAGCAAUAUUGGCUAAUUCCGUGGAAUGUCGAAUUUGAUUUCGAGAUUGUUAUGAUUUCAUCUAAAGCGAUGGUGCGCGGCGCGUGAUGUCGCUGCGGCUGCUGCUGCUGGCCGCCGUGGUCUCCGCCGUCGCCGACGAGCCCUACUACCCGCUCAUCUGGCCGGGCCCCGAGCGCGGCUGCAGCGGCGUGGCCGGGCAGGCCGAGCAGCUGGGCGCGGAGUGCGCGCUGCCCGGCGGCCGGCUGACGAUCAGCGCGGACCCUGCGGCCACCUACUUGAGAAUCGAGUGCGAAGAUGACAGCACCUUUUCGUGCGAAGAUUUGGAGGAGGCGAAGCCGCUCAUAACGUCCCGCAUCACCGCCGAGCACCCGGCGGCCAGCAGGACGGUGAACAAGUUCGAGAUCAAGCACUGCGCGCUCCCCUCCGAGCCGCUCCGCUGCGCGCUGCGGCUCGCGCGGGCCACGGGCGCCAAGCUGCUCGUCCUGGACGACGUGCCGGGCGCCGUCACGCCGCGCCACGUGGAGGGCCUCACGGGCCUCGACAAACUCAGGAUAUACUAUAGGAGCGGAGGCAACCAGAGCACGGUGCCGUACGAAGUCCUCGCUGCGCUCCCCGCGCUGAGCAGCUUCUCGCUGAAGAGGAGCGCGGUGGUGCUGCGGGCGGGGCGCACGGGGGCGGCGGGCGCGCUGCCGGCGCUGCGCACGCUGGAGCUGUCGGAGGGGGGCGUGCGGGGCGUGCCGCGGGGGGCGUUCGCGUUCGCGCCGCGCCUCGCCACGCUGGGGCUGUGGGGCAACGAGAUCGAGGACGUCGACGAGGGCGCGUUUGAUGGUCUAUCCUCCCUGGAGAACCUCAGCCUGAACUCGAACCGACUGACCUCGCUGCCCCGUGCUUUGCUGCGCCCGUGCGCGCGCCUGGAGCACGUGGACCUGUACAACAACCAGCUCACGUCGCUACCCGACGACUUAUUCCGAGGAUUAGUGCAUUUGAAAAAGGUGAUCAUAUUCGACAACAACGCCACCCUACACCUGCCCGACCACCUGUUCUCCAACCUGCCCGCCCUGCAGCACCUGGAGCUGCGCACCGCCUCCAUACAGCGCGUCCCCGAGCACCUGCUGCACAACUCCACCAGCCUGCAGCUGCUGGACCUGUCCCGCAACCAGCUCACAUCCAUCCCCACCACCAUGCUCCACGGCCUAGUCAAGCUGAGGGUUCUGAACUUGAGCAACAACAAGCUGGCGUACUUGCACCAGAAGCUGUUCCUGAACCUGGACAAGCUGGAGGAGCUGGAUCUGAAGGGCAACUCCCUGGAGCGGCUGCCGGAGGGGGUGUUCGCCGGACUGACCGCGCUGAAGGUGCUCAAGUUGGGGAACAACUACAUCAACACUCUGGACAAGUCUCUCUUCAGUGGACUGUCGGAGUUGUCGGAGCUGGACUUGUCCGGGAAUAGAAUCCAGAUCCUGAACCCUGAAACCUUCAGUCCCAUCAGUAAGCUGAAGAUCCUGUCUCUGGCGCGUAACAACAUGUCUAUUACGCGACAAGUGAACACCUUCCGCUUCAUCUCGCCCGAGCUGUACGCGCAGUACCAAGUCGACCAGGCCAGCAUGGCGGCCGGCGACUACGAGUACCACUCGCCGCUGCACGCGCUGGCGCAGCUCAGCAAGCUGGACCUCAGCCACAACCGCGUCGCGCUCGUCUGCGACGACUGGCGCUCGCUGUGGAACCUGCACUCGCUCGACCUCUCCUACAACGCGCUCACUGAACUCACGGGCCUGGACAUGGUGUUCCUGUCGGACGGGCUGACGGUGGACUUCACGUACAACAACAUCACGCACUUCGCGCCGCCCGCCGCCCACUACGUGCAGCCCCCCCCGCGCGUCGCCUUCCUGCUGCACCACAACCCGCUCGCCUGCGACUGCCGCCUGUUCCCCUACGUGCACGCGCGCCGCAGCGGCGACCUCGUCGGCGACCUCGCGCUCCACGACGCCGCCUGCGCGCGCCCGCCCGCGCUGCGCGGCGUGCCGCUCGCCGCGCUGCAGCCCGACCAGCUCGUCUGCGACGACUCCGCCCGCCCCGCCUGCCCCCGCAACUGCACCUGCCUCAACCGCCCCUCCAGGGCCCGCGUAGAGGUCAGCUGCCCCGCCCUCCCCCGCGACCUGCCCCAGCAGAGCUCAGUCACACAUCUGCGCCUGCUGCAGCCCUCCGACUUGACGCAGCUCCCCGCGCACGUCAAGUACGUCGACCUGUCCGCCUUGAACCUCACCACAGCCCCGAAGACAUCCCACGCGGUCGAAAUCGAUCUCACCAACAAUAACUUAACUAAGAUACCCGUCGAGCUGCUGAAGUUGAACUGCGUGCUGCACCUCGCCCGCAACCCCAUAGACUGCUCGUGCGAUAACAAAGUCGAGUUGGAAUACUUGAAACUGAAGCAUCAUCUGGUCAAGGAUUAUCGGAACUUGACAUGCCGGAGCAACCUGUCGCUGUCCGGCGUCGACACCGACGCGCUGUGCGCCGCGCGGGACUCCACCGUCAUCGGGUUCUCGGUCGCGUGUAUCGGCAUACUCGCCGCGGUACUCACCGGUAUCGCGUACCAGUACUCCACCGAAAUACGCAUAGUGCUGCAUAAAAUCGGCGUCUGGCCGAACAAACCCGCCCGAGACGAGUACGAGUACGAUGCGUUCAUCUCUUUCUCGCACCAGGACGAGCUGUACGUCAUCAAUACUUUAGUGCCGAAACUGAAGAGCGGGAGGAACCCUCUCAAGCUGUGCUUGCACUACGAGAACUGGGUGAUAGGGGACUUCAUCCCGUCGCAAAUAACGAGGUCGGUGGAGCAGUCGAGGAGGACCAUCAUAGUGCUGUCGGAACACUUUUUGAAAUCGGAUUGGGCUCAAAUGGAGUUCCGCGCCGCGCACGGUAGAGAGAGACUCAUAGUCCUCAUGCUAGACGACCUGACCUCCGACAAAAAUCUAGACCCGGACUUGAAGGCGUACGUGUCCACGAACACGUACGUGAAGGCGAGCGACCCGCUCGUGUACGACAGGUUGAAGUACUCGGUGCUGCACACGAGCACUAGUUUUGGGAAAAAAUCCAAAAACGUGGACCGACCCGCGGGGCUGGAUGUACACCUCAACCUGCACGGGCAGCUAGUCAACGCGUACGCCGCUUGAACUUACAUUUCUUUUAUGUGACAGAAGUUAGCCCUUGACUGCAAUCUCACCUGGUGGUAAGUGAUGUUGCAGUCUAAGAUGGAUGGAUGGUUAUUAAACCCUAUGCCCCUUUGGUUUCUACCCGGCAUCGUAUUGGAAUGGAUCGUCGCUCGAUCGUGGGAAAACUUCAUCAAUCAUUAUUACAAUCACAAUUGUUGUGAUUAGCUCAAUUUAUGCUAUUCGUGUUGCAACAAUGCAUUGUAGCCAAUAGCGAGCGAGCGUCAACCAAUCAGGUGAUUGCGAUCGUGACAUUGUAGCUGUUAUUCUAUCGCAAUUGAGCACCUGAACAUAUCGGAUCUGAUUUGAGAAUCUUUAUAAUAUAUAGACUGACUUAAAUACACUUUUCCUUGAUAGUAAUAAUAUUAUGGCGCUCAUCGCUAUAGCGUUACUUAUACUUAACUUUCAUCAAAUGUGCCUUAUAACUACAGACCGUUCGCUAUGACUUGCCCCUUGCCGUCAUGUUGGUACGAUUGCGUUGUUUCUUUCUUUCUUUAGAACUGUGUUUAUUAUUGUGUGAACUCCAAUAGUGCCAACAUGACGACCAGGGACAAGUCGUAGGGAACGCUCUCGGUCGCGCUAAGUUUGCACCUCGCUGGAAUGCGGCUCCUCUCCCACUUCCCCGCUCACCUCCCCGCGGUUGCCUUGUCGCGUCAGUGCGGCUCGCAAACCGCACCUAAGCGUCAGUGUGACGUCAUCGACGCUAGGUGCAAACUUAGCGCGACCGAGUAGUAAUGUCCUAAAAUGAUAUAAUAUAGGUUAUUGGUGCUCAUAAUAUAAGAUAUAGGUGUUAACACUAAGAGUCCGUCAUGCGACAGUGGCGCAACUCCACACACCACCACAUUCAUACAACACUCUUCAUUUGAAAUCGAUAAUAUAAAAAAGCUUUUAAAAUUAGAUAUUUGUUACAAAUAACUACUUGACUCAACUUUAUAAAGUUAGAGUUAAGUCUGUUAAGGUAUUGUUGCUCUGACUGUAAUAUAACCGCAGCAUGUCGGCUAUAUAACAUGAUUAUAUCAUACCUAGUAGGUAUGUUACAGACUCUCUAAUUUCAUAGUUGUGCGUUUCAAACAAUUAAAUAUCACGCGCUUGAACGGUAAAGGAAAACAUCGUGAGGAAACCUGCACCUCUGUUAUAUAACAAAUGAUUACAUGUAUAUAACAUGUUAUAUAAGCCGGGUGCAACAAUAUAACAAUAUAAGCUGAACUAAACGACGGGUACAUUUCCGCACUGAAAGCAAUAACUUUACAGUUUACAAUGUUUAUUUUUUGAAUAUUUUAGUAAAUAUUAAGUAGUAAGUAAGUAGUUAUAUUGUAAGUUGUAAGGUGAAGAGAUAUUGAUGUAGAUAUAAGAACAUUUUACUAUUUUAUAGAAUCUCAUGUUACUGUUACACCUACAAGCGAGUAUAUGAAUAAUGAUGUAUAUUGUAUUCAAUAGUUUGAUACUUCAGCAAUCUUCAAAAGAAUCUGCCUUUUUACAUAUUUUCGUAUUUUACACUAUUUUUGUUUUUCUGUUCUAUCAAGUCUUUAACUGUUAGGCACGAAAGAAGUUUAAAGGCCAAAGUGGGUCACCCAUCCAGUUACUGACUCGCUUGGAAAUAGUCUAACCAGCGCAUGCGCUCGUUGAGCUGGGUUAUACCUCGUAUUUUUACCAUAAUGGUGCUGAUAAAUAAACUGUACAGUAUUUGCAUCUCUUUCUUACUUAUGCUGUUAGAAAAGGACAAAUAAGUUUGGAACACAAAACUUGCUACCAGUCUUGAGCAUGGCUUGAAUAUUGGUUUUUGGUCUCUUUUUAACAUUUAUUACAAAGAAAAAGAUGCAAAAUACUCCAGAAUAUCUAGUUAAGAGAAAAUAAUUGUUAUGGUACUUUCACACUCCGGGCUUUCACGUCUUCUUUUAUUGAUCGGUAGUCGGCAAGUGUUUUAGGUAUUAGUGUACAAAGGCCCUAAUGACUUCGUGUUGGCUAAAGCCUCUACAAAGCACACUUUGCUCAGACAUAAUAUUAAGACAGUUAAAAUGAGGCAGACUUAUAUACUCGUACUUACUAUCCAAAUUAAUCUGUCUCGUUCUAAUUCGAUUCUCACUUUAGUGUUACGCGAGUGAGAUGCAUUGACGUUGCUUACGUAUAGCAUUGUCCUUGUUCCACUCGAUUGAUGUUGCUCAGAUAGUUCAAAUUGUGUGCAGACAGGUCGGUGCACCGGUAGUAGUAAAAGGAUAAAUCAAUUCGUUCGUUUGGAGUGUGGAGGUGCCAUUAACAUGUAUAUAAUAGAGACUAUAUAGAUAUACACACUAUACGUUAUAUUCCUGUGCAAAGCUGCUACUGCGUGUCGAGUUGUGUGCGAGUGUACAAGAGAGAUGAUACAAUAAAGGUGGAGAGAUACGAGGAAAC